AUGGUUUUCUAUCGUUUAAAUGCCAUAAACCCUAACAGCAAAAUAGCCCACUGGCUGCACAACCCCCCUCCCCCCACUCUCCACACCUGCCAGGCCCAGCACCUGCAGCUCUACCCAGAGGGGACAAGGAAGACCAUCAGCCCCAGUACAGGUCGUGACAUGGCGAGCACCACCCUGCCUGGUUACCCCCCUCACGUGCCCCCCACUGGCCAGGGAAGCUACCCCACCUCCACCCUGGCAGGAAUGGUGCCUGGGAGCGAGUUCUCCGGCAACCCGUACAGCCACCCCCAGUACACGGCCUACAACGAGGCUUGGAGAUUCAGCAACCCCGCCUUACUAAGUUCCCCUUAUUAUUAUAGUGCCGCCCCCCGGGGCUCCGCCCUGCCGCUGCUGCCGCUGCCUAUGACCGCCACUAGUUACCGCGGGGAUCACAUCAAGCUUCAGGCCGACAGCUUCGGCCUCCACAUCGUCCCCGUCUGA